GCCAAUCAAAACAAACAUGGCGACGUGCAGACAGGUCUCUACAUUGAUGCGUAUUUCUUCAAAUAUAAUGCGAGGUCUGGGAAAUUGGUAUCCGCGUGCUGAAUUCCAUUGGCCAGCGCAUAAAACAGGAAUUCAAAGCCUUGGGACACAAAAUCUUCCCUGGAUAGUUUCUGCAAGAACCAUGUUUGUGCAAACACAGGACACACCAAACCCAAACAGUCUAAAGUUUCUUCCCGGUCGCACAGUUCUUGAUUCAGGAACAAUGAAUUUUGCUGGCCCUCGUGAUGCUUACUGUUCGCCAUUAGCCAGACAGCUCUUUAGAAUAGAUGGUGUAAAAAGUGUUUUCUUUGGGCCGGAUUUUAUCACUAUAACAAAGGCUGGUGCUGAAAUGGAAUGGAAAGUCAUAAAGCCUGAUGUAUUUGCCACCAUUAUGGAUUUUUUCACAUCAGGACUGCCAGUUGUCAAUGACGACAGCAAGCCUAAUCCAGAUACAGCACCAUCAGAUGAAGAUGAUGAAGUUGUUGCGAUGAUUAAAGAGUUGUUGGAUACUAGAAUAAGGCCCACGGUGCAGGAAGAUGGAGGGGAUGUUAUCUAUCGGGGAUUUGAGGAUGGAGUUGUUAAACUGAAGCUACAGGGCUCCUGCACUAGUUGCCCCAGUUCUAUUGUUACUUUGAAGAGUGGUAUCCAAAACAUGUUGCAGUUUUACAUCCCAGAGGUUGACUCUGUGGAGCAGGUGAAAGAUGAGGACGAGGAGGCCGCUCAAGUUUAAGUCAUGUUGCAACAUCUACAGCCAACACAUUCUUCCACCCUCCUUGGUGGAGUCAAAUGACGUCCAACGUAAACAGUGAAACAUAUCAUUGUUUUCAAAGACAAACUGGAGAAAUUCAUGUAUUUUCUUUACAAAAUACUGUCAAAAAUAUAAUUCACCUUUUUUACUUACAAGAAAAAAAAAAUGCACAGAUUUCACCUCAAACUAGUUUUUCCUUCUAAAAUGCAGACUGUUUAAUUAAUACUGAAUAUUUAUUAUUAAACCACUGUACAU